AUGGCAAACGCCUCUUCCUCGUCCCGGUCAGGGUCUAGCUCCAUCGCAAGGACAAUAGUCACGCUGCUUGUCAUUGCUGCGACAUCUUCCCUAUGUCUGCUGCCUCUUCUACCCUCAGCAGUGACUGCAGGAGAUCUAUCUGUGCUACACUCACCACAUGCAAGACAUCAGCCCGAUAUCCCUUCUCGUAUCUUGCGGCGAGCCGAUUCCGGAGCUGUGCAGACGGCCAUUGCAGCCCUCUCCCAAUCCGAUCCCUUUACUGCCGCCACAGAAGCCGAUGACCAGCUUUACAUCAAGGGCAACAGCACAGGAUCUGACGCGUCUGCCUUUUCGUACACGGCCGAUACCGGUGAUGAAUCUCAAUUGCCUUGGAACAGUAACGUCUUUUUCCAGACUUCGGCGGCUACCAAUGGUUCACAGGAUGGUGGAUGGCAGGAAUUGCCCGAAACGCCUGGAUUCGUGCUUAACAGGUCUCUGACCAUCUACAAUUCCGACAAGUCGGGAAGUGGAGUUAUGCCGUUUUACGUUACCAACAACGUCUACACACCCUCGGAGAUCAAGAGGGCAAUCAUUGUGUGGCCAGGAAAGCCUCGUGAUGCGUGGAACUAUGCCAAUCUCAUGCGCAAUGCCCUGACGGUUGUGGCGACCAACUUUGCCGAGUGGGGUAUCAACAAUGACUCUGUCUUGAUUCUCGCACCCGUCUUCAUGGCCACUCAGGACAUUACAGCAGGCGCAGGUCGCGCCAAUGAAUUUGCCUUUGGAGGUGAACUGUGGCAAGCGGGAUCCCACACGAAGCUGCCCGUCAUGAACAAGACGCUCACCUCGUACGAGAUCAUGGACGUCUUUACCGACAUGCUUGCCGACAAGGCUCAAUUCCCCAACAUGAACCAGAUUGUGGUAGCAGGUCACUCUCUAGGUGGACAGGCAGCGCAGAGGUAUGCAGUGCUGAAGAAGUCGAAGAAUUACGACUACAACGUACGCUUCUGGGUCGGUAACCCUGGUUCUUGGGCUUGGCUCACAAGCAACUUUGCAUACUCCAACACCUCGUGUCCCGUUGGCGCUACUACCGACUCUCCGACUUCCUGGCCAUAUGGGCUGAAUGGAAAUCAGACGGAGCUGACGUCGUAUGCGCGAAAGGACGUCAUUGCAAACCAAGCAUUCGUCAUUAAGCGCUAUCUGCAACGUAGAGUCGCCUAUGGCCUUGGUCUACUAGACAAUGGGCCCGGUACCACAUCGUGUGCGGCUCAAUGGCAGGGCGCAAACCAUUUGGACAGAGGAUCGCAGUUCAUCCUGGACUUCCAGCAGAACCAGUACACUAGCUACGGCUUCCCGGCCAACCAUACAGUGGACUUCAUUGCCAAUGUGUCCCAUCAAGAUUACCCAAUGUACUCGUCGAACGUCUCCCUGCAGAGGCUCUUCUACGACGACUACAACACGCGGUAUCCAGACACUGCUAGCACUGAGAAUCCCGGCGACUCCAACAGCACAGAUGGUCACCGUGCCUAUGCUACACCAGCGCACGAGAAGAUUGCAAUUGCCCUUUUGGCAGGAUCGAUUGCAAUUGUCGUGGUCUGCUAUACGAUGAUGUUCUUUAGCCUUUCUCCGAAUUAUGAUGCCAGCUGGGAGAAGAGCAUCAUGGCCGCACCUCUGGGCCAAGGCUCAAGUCGGCUACGUUGAAAGUGGGGGAAAGGGGUCGGGGCAAUAGGGGUGGUGCUCGACUCGCCCCUCUGGCC